GUAACAUUGCCAUGCCGGCAGGACAAAAGUUGACAAUUUGACGAAAAGCCUGAAACUCUUGAAGGACAUGGAGCUGGAACUGGACGUGGUUGACUCCCUGCAAGCGCUGGCCUACAAAGGGCCCUGCCUGCAGCAGGAUGACCUAAGUCGCGCCCUGGAUUCUGGAAUCGGAAAUUCGGAAUUGCGAGAAGUGAUCUACUGGCUCGCUCACGAAUUACACGUUCUGCGGAAAACCGAUGAACGGGUGAGUUCCAGCCAAAAGGAUAACGACGAGUUCGCCUUCGAGUUGUCCUUGUUGCUUACGGAAUUGGGCUGCCCAUACCGCCGGUUGGUACAGGGAGCCAUGGAUAAGCGUUUUAAGGACCGGGAUGCACUGGUCCAACUUCUAGAGUACCUCACAUCCGAACUGAUGACCACCAAGAUGGUCCUCAAGUCCCAGCCCGUCGGUCCGCCCUGUAAACGUUCAAAAACCGAUUCUAAUAUCCAGCAGACUGUAGAAAAUUUGGCUAAGGAUCUUCAACUAGGCGAAAUUCCGAAGAACAUCAAUACUAAACUGCUUUUUGAAAAGAUAACACCCCGCUUGGACCAGGCUUUGAAGCAAACUAAUCGCCAGGUGCUCAGCGAACCGCUACUGAAGCUUAAGAAACCCUUGAGUGAUGCACAAUGGCGUGUUUUGGAAUCCCUGCAUCGAGACUUGGAGGCGGAGUAUAAUCUUCGACGUCAGAUGAUGACCACCCGACUGGAGGCCACCGUGCAGAGCUUUCAGUGGUCUGAGUCUAUGCGCCAACGCUCCAAUGAGAUUAUGAACCGCUUCAAUGACAAGAUGAGAGAACUGGAGCAGUUCAGAUUAGGCGGAGAACAGACAGACAUGGUGGCCCUUCUGGCAGCUCGUUCGGAUCUGGCUAUAAUCGAGAAGACAAGUUCAGCAAAUGUGAGAAAGAAUACGGCAUCCAAAAUUCAAAAACACGUGAUGGGACGGGUUCCCGAUCGUGGAGGCAGGGCCAAUGAACAUGCUCCUCCGCCACCAGAGAUGCCUUCCUGGCAGCAGCAAAGGGCUAGUGGUCCUCCAGGUGGUGGACGUGGUGGAGGAGGUAAUUUCAGAGGAGGAAGAGGAGGUGGUGGCGGCGGUGGAAGAGGUGGUGGACAGGGAGGCGGUGGAGGAGGAGGUGGCAACUGGCAGCAACCUCAACAGCAGCAGCAAUAUCAAAGCCAAAACCAACGAGAUCAUAGUCGCGAGAGAAAUGAUCAGCAAUGGAUCAGCGGCAGUGGACGUGUCCAGGGAACAGGAUGGAAUCCACAGGGUGGACGAGGAGGCGGUGGCGGUGGCGGCGGAGGCGGAGGCGGACGUGGCGGUGGAGGAGGUCGUGGCGGAUACCGUGGCGGAUAUCGAUGAUCCCUGGCUCCUGCAGUGCUCCCUAUACCCGAAACGACUGAUCCUUCUAUAACCCAUUAACAUUACUUUCCUUAGCUGCACGCAUAACCCAGUUUUAUUUAUUGCGAAAUCGAAUGAAUUUGUUUAUAAUUGCAAAUGGACAGCCAUUUAUAAAAUAAACUAUAUAUGUCAUCUAUUUGCCAGCAAA